UUGAUAAUAGCCAGAGAGGCGGGGCGACUCCAGUGUCGUUAGUAGCUUCUGGAACCUCAUGCCCUCGAGAUGGAGAAAGUAUCGCAGCUGAAAGAUCAGGGUAACAAGGCGCUGAGCACAGGGAAUGUUGAUGAAGCGGUUAGGUGCUACACGGAGGCCUUGACGUUAGAUCCCUCCAAUCACGUCCUCUUCAGCAACCGCUCUGCCGCCUACGCCAAGAAGGGCGACUAUGACAAUGCCCUGAAAGAUGCCUGCCAAACCAUAAAGAUCAAGCCAGACUGGGGAAAGGGUUAUUCAAGAAAAGCUGCUGCUUUGGAGUUUCUUGGGCGACUUGAGGAUGCUAAAGCGACCUAUCAGGAGGGGUUACGUCAGGAGCCGUCCAAUCAGCAGCUCAAGGAGGGACUUCAGAACAUGGAAGCACGGUUAGCAGAAAGGAAGAUGAUGAACCCAUUUUCUAUUCCCAACUUGUAUGAGAAGCUGGAGGGUGACUCUCGAACCCGAGCGCUGCUUUCUGAUCCCAGCUACAGGGAGCUGCUGGAGCAGCUCAGAAACAAACCGUCAGAGCUUGCCACAAAACUGCAGGACCCUCGUGUGAUGACCACUCUGUCAGUGCUGCUGGGGCUUGAUCUGUCUGGUGUGGAUGAAGAGGAGGAGCCGACUCCGCCCCCUCCCCUAAGCCCAAAGAGACCUCCACCCCCUCCCAAAGAGGAAGACCUGCCCGAGAACAAGAGAAUGGCCUUAAAGGAGAAGGAGAAGGGAAACACGGCAUAUAAGCAGAAAGAUUUUGCCACUGCACUGAAGCACUAUGAAGAGGCUCUAAAGCAUGACCCCACCAACAUGACCUAUUUGUCAAACCAAGCAGCUGUUUAUUUUGAAAAGGGGGAGUUUGAGAAAUGCAGAGAUCUUUGUGAGAAGGCCAUUGAGUUGGGUAGAGAGAAUCGGGAAGACUACAGACAGAUCGCCAAGGCAUAUGCCAGGAUUGGUAACUCCUACUUUAAGCAGGAAAAUUACAAGGAUGCUAUCCAGUUCCUAAAUAAGAGUCUAACAGAGCAUCGCACACCUGAUGUCCUCAAGAAAUGCCAACAAGCAGAGAAGCUUAUGAAGGAACAGGAGAAACAGGCCUACGUGAACCCAGAUUUAGCUUUGGAAGAGAAAAACAAGGGCAAUGAUGCCUUCCAGAAGGGUGACUAUCCUUUGGCCAUGAAACAUUACUCCGAGGCCAUCAAGAGAAACCCAUUUGAUUCCAAGCUCUUCAGCAACAGAGCUGCAUGCUACACCAAACUCCUGGAAUUCCAGCUUGCCCUCAAGGAUUGUGAGGAUUGCAUCAAACUAGACCCUAACUUUAUUAAGGGUUACACACGCAAGGGUGCAGCACUGGAGGCCAUGAAGGACUUCUCAAAAGCAAUGGAUGUCUACCAGAAAGCUCUAGAGCUUGACUCCAACUCCAAGGAGGCAACCGAGGGUUUGCAGCGCUGCAUGAUUAGCCAGGCGAUGCGUAACGACAGUCCUGAGGAUGUGAAGCGGAGGGCCAUGUCUGAUCCAGAGGUGCAGCAGAUCAUGAGUGAUCCAGCCAUGCGGAUGAUCUUGGAGCAGAUGCAGAAAGACCCACAAGCCCUCAGCGAUCAUCUAAAGAACCCCGUCAUCGCUCAGAAAAUUCAGAAACUGAUAGAUAUUGGGCUAAUAGCCAUUCGGUGAUCUGAGGAACCAGAAGCUGGACAAUAUUCAUCAACAGAACAACAACAACAGAAGACUGCGAAGGAAGUGGCGGCAUUCCAAUGAAUUAUUUAUUUUUUUUCAUCAAAUUGAACAUGCGCCCCAUCUAUUCUCCUCCCAUUGUUCCAUAAAGAAAUGUCAGUGUUUGUUUGUGUAAUGCCUUAAUUGGAUUUAUUAAAGUUGUGAUGCAAUUGGUCGUCACUAAGCUCUGCAUUACUGCCAUUUUGUCCAGGUCGCUAGCUUUUAGAUGUUUCAUUGUCAUUAAAUAAAAGAUAUUCAUGAGAGCAUCUAGCCUUAGUGACACUAGUACAUUACAAGAGAAUUGGAUUUGAGCCUUGAUAUUGAAGAGAAUUUUAUUUUUUUUGGAGGGGGCAGGAUUUUUAUCUCAGUAUUUGGCAUAAUUACCUCUAAAUAUAAUUUAAGUUAAUGAUUGCAGAUCCAUCAUUCUAAAGUCUUUUUAUUAUUAUUUUAUAUGUCCGUUUUGGAUUUUGCUGUGUUGGAGAAAUGGGUAGGAGCAGUCUCUGAUAUGACCGUUGACUCCUCAACAGUACUUAGUUUUCACAUUGUAGGCCUGCUAAAGAUCUGUCCAUUUCUGAAUCUAAAUGCAUCACUAUUAUUAUAUAAUGCACUUCUGUGGGGUGGGGUUUAAUAGUUGAGAGGGUUCGUUCAAGUAAAAUUGCCUUCCACCUGUUCGGCUUCAGUUUAUAGUUUGCGAUUGUGUAACUGACUGCGAGUACAGCAUCAUAUUGAAAUGCAACAUCAGUUAAAUAAAGUUCUGGAUCCAUG